AUGCCGGGCGACGCGGACGCCGGUGUCCCGGCGGCUCCGCCCCCGGCGCCGCCUCCGCCGCCGGCCCCCGCGCCGAGCAGAAAGAAGCGUCGGGUGCGCAGCUUCUUCUGGAAGCCCAUCCCCGAGGAGAAGGUCCGGCAGCGGCCCAACAUAUGGACGCUGGCGGGACGGCGCCAGCGCUAUCAGAUCGACGCGCGCUCCGUGGAGGAGCUUUUCAGCCAGAAGGAGGAGGCGGGGACGGGCGGCCUAGGGGCGGUGCCCCGCGCUCCCGGUUCCCGCCCCCGAGCCUUUAAAGAUGUCGCCAAGGAGGGGAUGAGCAUCCUGGACUCCAAGAGGGGAAUCAAUGUCGGCAUAUUCCUCAAGCAGUUCAAAAAGUCCAACGCACGUAUUGUGGAGGACAUCCGGCAAGGAAGCGGCGGCGGCGCCUACGGAGCGCAACCCCUCAAAGAUUUGCUCAAGCUGCUGCCCGAUGCCGACGAGACGGCGAAGCUGCGGGCGUUCCGAGGCGACCCGGACAAGUUGCCGCUGGCCGACUCUUUUAUGUUCCUGCUCAUCCAAGUGCCGCGGUUGGAGGUGCGUAUGGAGGCCAUGGUGCUGGGCGAGGAGUUCGCCCCGUCGUGCGCGCUGUUGAGUCGCGACGUGGACGUGCUACGCGUCGCCGCCGGAGAGUUAAUGGGCUGCGAGGAGCUCCACGCCAUUUUGCACCUGGUGCUGCAGGCCGGAAACAUCCUGAACGCGGGAGGCUACGCCGGCAACGCGGCGGGCUUCAAGUUGUCGUCGCUGCUCUCGCUGGCCGACACCAAAGCCAACAAGCCGGGGAUGAACCUUUUGCACUUUGUGGCCAUGGAGGCUAAGAAAAAGGACGAGACACUGUUGAAGUUGCCAGAAAAACUUAGCCAUGUCCAGAGUGCAGCCAGGAUCUCCGUGGAGAACACAGAGCUGGAGUUGUCGUCCUUGUCCGCCCGGAUCCGAAUGCUGGAGGAGAAGACGCGGGGAGACUCGGACUUGUUGCGUCAACUGGAGCCUUUCCUGCAGAGUUCGUCUCGGACGCUGGCGGAUCUGAACCGUCGACAUCAGGAGCUUCGCCGUGAAGGGGAUGCGCUGGUGGACUUCUUCUGCGAAGACAGGGAUGCCUUCAAGUUGGACGAGGGAUUCCGCAUCUUUCAUGACUUUUGCGUCAAGUUUCAGAAAGCCGUCCAGGACAACGCGCAGCGUGAGCUAAAGGAGGCGGCCGAGCGGCGUCGCCUCAAGGAGCUGGAGGGAAAGCGGAUGGCAUGGUUGGAGACGGCCGGCGGGGCGUUGGCCAGAAGCGGGAGCGAGAACGACGUGGGGACCCUCAAUGAGGGAGCUCUCCUUGACUUCUUACGUGGGCGCUCCGGUAGUCCGCGCGCGUCGCCGGCUCGCUUGUCCGGCGCCAGACGACGCGUGGCAGACCAAGAACUGCGUGGCUACCCAGAGCUUUUCUAUAACAGCCUUCCCCGGUCGGGACGCAAAAGUGCCGCUGGUGCCGAAAGCCCCCUCUCUAAUGACCCGCGUGCCCUUAGCGGCCGCGUGAACAUCAACGUAGAGAAGCUCACUUUGGUUCCUGGUCCGCAAUCGUUUCAAUUCCAGAAUCCAAACUUUUGGACUGAACCGGAAACGGAGAGAAGACCGCUUUCAGAGAAUCUCGACGACGCGCUUCAGGAAGUGCCGAUAGAUCCCAAAUCCUCCAUGACCUGCCGAACCGUCGGACCACUCGCCGGGUUCCCCGACGCAGACCAAGACCGGUUGGAAGACGGUAGCGGCUACUCGUGUGCCCUUAACAGCCGUGUGAACAUUAGCGUAGAGGAGCUCACUUUGGUUCCCGGUCCACAAGCAUUUCACCUUCAGAAUCCAAACUUUGGGACUGAACCGAAACCAGAGAGAAGUUUGCCUUUGGAGAAUCUCGACGACGCGCUUCCGGGAGCGCCAAUAGAUCCUUUGACGACAGAGACUGAGACUAGCUCCGUUUCCUCUACGACCUGCGAACUCGUCGGCCCCCUCGCUGGGUUCUCCGACGACCAGCAUGCCCUUAACGGUCGAGUGAACAUCAACAUAGAGAAGCUAACUUUGGUUCCCGACCCGCAGAAUCCAAACAUAUGUCCCGAACCGGAACCAGAGAGAAGACGACUGUCAGAGACUCUCGAUGACGUAGUUCUAGGAGAGGUUCUAGACGCCGCUUCCUCCACGAAUGAAGACACCUCACUACCCUUGGACACCCCGUCGUCCAGUGGGAAGCUAGUGUCGAACUCCCCGGACUCUGACGAAGCGGACCGCUCCGUCGUCUCCCGAGCGGACAACCUCGGAAAGCUCGCUACUCCUGACCCUCUCCCGGUGGGCGUCACGGAGCGAGGAACCCUGAUCUCAGACGUCACCUUGGCAAAAGAGACUCAUAGAUGCAGGGGUGGACCACUACGUCCACUACGUGACGGCAGAGACGUCGCACGCCGUAACGUCGUGCGAACGUUAACCGACAGCGAAAGCCAAAAUGCGCGGAAAGCCGUCGGCCGCCCGGCCGGGACAACCCCAGACCGAGGAGCCCCGCCGAGAGGGCGGCGCCAAAAACCUCCUGAUGAUUCUGAAGCCCAGAGACGGAGCGGUGUCGCUGGAUCCCCGUGUGCUUCAGCUAACCCGAGGAAGAUCGCUUCGGUCAAUAAGCCGGCCGCCGACCCACUGAGGAACAUCCCCAAGCCGGCGCCCGAGGAGAAGAUGUGCCGCUCGGCCCGCGUGGCGUCAGCAAACGGCGGCGUGCGUUCGCCAGCCCGCAGGGAUUCGUCCGAUGUCCCCGGCUUCGCCCGCAGCACAGUGGCUUCAUCUUGCCGGACUAAGAGGGAUGAGUUAGCACCUUCCGCCGCCCUCGUUCGACACGCGUCGGUCAAGCAGAGUAAAUUAGCGUCCGGCGAGGAGCGCCGCACUCCGCGGAGAGCGCAUAGCGUCAAAGCUAGCAGUCGGAGCGGUAGUACCAAACCCAUCUGGAAGUAA